AUGGCAGAGAAGUUCUCGCCUCAUCUCACUUCGGACAUCGCUGCUGGUCUUAUCGAGCCUUAUCUCAGUGGAAACGAUACGGAAACCAUCAACCGCUGGUGCAAAGAGACAAUGCAACACAUACGCGAUUAUAUGAAGUGCGAGCCAAAUGGAGGAGCUCAGGAGAUGUCCGGCUACCGUUUCAGUCAAGAUCCAAUCCCAUCUUGGAUUUCUGUAAUGGACAACGUCCACAUUCUCAGUAGUGAAGAAAUUGCGAAACGACACCCUCUACCGCAGAAAUCUGGAGCUUUUUAUACAACCCUCUACCUGCAACCAACGAAAUAUAUCAGCUACUUGACGAAA